AGCCCGCCUUCUGCAGCUCGGCGGCGGGAGCUUCUGUCUGCGCGGACCUGGAAGACGGCGGCAGCUCGUCUAGCCUUCGAGAGCUUGGGAACCGCAGAGCGCUGCAGCCGGUCGCCCGCCGGUGCCCGUCUCCGUCGCGCAGCCAGGGCACUGCCCCAGUUGCUCUCUUCACCAUGAUUCCCUGCAGAGCAGUGCUGACUUUCACACGAUGUCUGAUCCGGAGAAAAAUUGUCACACUGGACAGUCUGGAAGAUUCCAAACUCUGCCGCUGCUUAACCACCAUGGACCUCAUCGCCCUGGGAGUUGGAAGCACUCUCGGUGCUGGGGUUUACGUCCUGGCUGGAGAAGUCGCCAAAGCUGACUCCGGCCCGAGUAUUGUGGUGUCUUUCCUCAUCGCUGCCCUGGCCUCGGUGAUGGCCGGCCUUUGCUACGCUGAAUUUGGGGCCCGAGUACCAAAGACUGGAUCUGCGUAUCUAUACACAUACGUCACGGUCGGAGAGCUGUGGGCCUUCAUCACUGGUUGGAAUCUCAUUCUGUCAUAUGUCAUAGGUACGUCUAGUGUCGCAAGAGCAUGGAGUGGCACCUUCGAUGAGCUUCUUAACAAACAGAUUGGCCAGUUUUUCAAGACCUACUUCAAAAUGAAUUACACCGGUCUGGCGGAGUAUCCGGACUUCUUUGCCGUGUGCCUUGUAUUACUUCUGGCAGGUCUUUUAUCUUUUGGAGUAAAGGAGUCUGCUUGGGUGAAUAAAUUUUUUACAGCUAUUAAUAUCCUGGUCCUUCUCUUUGUCAUGGUGGCUGGGUUUGUGAAAGGAAAUGUGGCUAACUGGAAGAUCAGUGAAGAGUUUCUCAAGAAUAUAUCAGCAAGUGCCAGAGAACCACCUUCUGAAAACGGAACAAGCAUCUACGGGGCUGGCGGCUUCAUGCCCUAUGGCUUUACAGGGACGCUGGCUGGUGCUGCAACAUGCUUUUAUGCUUUUGUGGGCUUUGACUGCAUUGCAACAACCGGCGAAGAGGUCCGGAAUCCCCAAAAGGCUAUUCCCAUUGGAAUAGUAACUUCCUUACUUGUUUGCUUUAUGGCCUAUUUUGGGGUUUCUGCAGCUUUAACACUUAUGAUGCCUUACUACCUCCUGGACGAGAAAAGCCCACUCCCUGUUGCAUUUGAAUAUGUCGGAUGGGGUCCUGCUAAAUACGUUGUCGCCGCAGGCUCCCUCUGCGCCUUAUCAACAAGUCUUCUUGGAUCCAUUUUCCCAAUGCCUCGUGUAAUCUAUGCUAUGGCGGAGGAUGGGUUGCUUUUCAAAUGUCUAGCUCAAAUCAAUUCCAAAACGAAGACACCAAUAAUUGCUACUUUGUCAUCGGGUGCAGUGGCAGCUGUGAUGGCCUUUCUUUUUGACCUGAAGGCUCUCGUGGACAUGAUGUCUAUUGGCACCCUCAUGGCCUACUCUCUGGUCGCAGCCUGUGUGCUCAUUCUCAGGUACCAACCUGGCUUGUGUUAUGAGCAGCCCAAAUACACCCCUGAGAAAGAAAUCCUGGAGUCAUGUACCAAUGCGACCUCGAAGAGCGAGUCCCAGGUCACCAUGCUGCAAGGACAGGGUUUCAGCCUACGAACCCUCUUCAACCCCUCCGCUCUGCCCACACGACAGUCAGCCUCCCUCGUGAGCUUCCUGGUGGGAUUCCUGGCUUUCCUCAUCGCCGGCUUGAGUAUUCUGACCACGUACGGAGUCCAGGCCAUCGCCAGACUGGAAGCCUGGAGCCUGACUCUUCUCGCCCUGUUCCUUGUCCUCUGCGCUGCCGUCAUCCUGACCAUUUGGAGGCAGCCACAGAAUCAGCAAAAAGUAGCCUUCAUGGUCCCGUUCUUACCGUUUCUGCCGGCCUUCAGCAUCCUGGUCAACAUUUACUUGAUGGUCCAGUUAAGCGCGGACACUUGGGUCAGAUUCAGCAUCUGGAUGGCGCUUGGCUUUCUGAUUUACUUCGCCUAUGGCAUUAGACACAGCUUGGAGGGUAACCCCAGGGAUGAAGAAGAAGAAGAAGAUGUCUGUCCAGACAACGUCAAUGCAGCAGCAGAAGAAAAGUCUGCCAUGCAGGCAAAUGACCAUCACCAAAGAAACCUCAGCUUGCCUUUCAUACUUCAUGAAAAGACAAGUGAAUGUUGAUGCCGGUCCGCAGCCCUACCACACAUGCCUUAACAAUGAGUACUCUACGGCAGGACGCCACCAUCGUGCUGGGUUGUCAUGGGUCUGCUGCAGCCACGGUUUGCCUAACUUAUACUUCCUCCUCCGGACAGCUUCUCUUCAGAUGGUGGAUUAUGUGUCUGGGGAGACUGCCUGAGAGCACUCCUCAGUGAUACGUAUCCCCAAAACAGUAUGUCCGUGUGCGUACACGUGUGCUUGGGAACGCGAGUGUUCAAUGUUGUCGGUUCUUACUCUGUGACAUGAUUCCAGUGCAGUAACUGGCGGCAUGUACUGCACAUGCUAGUAAACAGUAUAUUGCUGAAUAGAAAUGUUAUUCUGUAUACAUCCUAUGUGGUUGGGGAAAUGGUGGUGGUUUUCUUUAUUAGGGUAUGACCGUCAGUUUGGAGGUACUGAAGCUGCCAUCCCCUGUCAUGAUGUUUAACAGUGGUCAGGGAUGGGGAAGGGAUAAGGAAUGGGCCCUUUCUGUAUAUUCUUCUCCUACUUGCUAAGACAGUUUUCUUAAGUGGCCAAGGAGAGUGCUUGUUUCCCCUAUACGACAAGACGGAGAGGUAGUCUCUGACAUGAGAUGGCGAUCCUGUCUUUGAGAGCCUCAGUCCUUAAACAUAACACCUCCACCUGCUUAAGCGAUACACCCCUCAGUCCCGUGAAGGUCUCGGGAAAGGGUCUAUGGCCCUACUUGAGACCCUUUAAGCCAGAGAAUGGUAGUAGUCCCCGUGGCCUCCAAAGAUCAGACUUACACAGAUGCUUGGAUUGGUUUCCUGUUUUUAAAUGAAACCGAAGGCAGAAUGGGCCUCCACAUCACGCAUUGGAUAGAAUGGUUCAGGUCAUUACUUCAUACCUAAUCACAACUCAGUGUCUGCUGCUUCAUCAAGUAAACUCAGUCUUUUGCUUCUGAUGUAUCCUCUGAUCUGGAUGGGAAUGAAUGUGGUAGCAAAUUCUAUUUUUACAAUGUACCAAAAAAAGAUGCAGAUGAAGGGGCAUAGGAAAAUACCGUUAGUUCAGUAUCAGAGGGCAUUUGAGCCCAGUUAAAGGAUUUUAGACCUAAUUUACCUCUGAUAUUUCUUUUAGAAAUGUUUAGAGAUUCCCCCAUACCCACCCCAUCCCAUUGGUUUGGUUUUUUGUUGUUCUUUUC